CAACAACAAAAACAACUUUAUCAAUGGUAAUACCAUUAGUUCGGCAGCCAUUGCCUAUAACGGAAACGGAAAUGUUAACGAAAGUCUGAUCAACAACAACAAUAAAAACCUAACAUCCACAAUGGUCUACAGCAAUGGUAAUAGUAGCAGUUGCAACAACAACAACAGUAGCAUGUCCACUACAUUAACAUUAUCCUCAAAUUCUACAAAUUCAAUAAUGGCCACAUCGUCAGCCUCAUCGACAGGCUCUUAUUCCAGCUCUGCUGUAUCUUCGUCAUUGGCCAGCCAGCCUUCGGCAACAGCAAUUGAACAUCAGCAACAACAACAACAACAACAACAACAUACCUCCUCGAUAACCACAAUAGCAACAAACAAAUCAACCAAUACAACCAAUUCACCUUCAAGCCUGCAAGGUGUAACCACAAAUGGCCAUCAUCAACAGCAUCCGCCUCCUUCUCAUCAGCAACAGCACCAUCAUUCUCAGCAUCGUCAGCACCAACAACAGCAACAUUCGACAAGCCAGCCACCACCACCACCACUGCAGAAUCAUCAACAGCAAUUGUAUCCAUCGAUAACACCAACAUAUUGGCAACCGGCUCCAAAUCCAGCCCCGUAUUUAGUUCCAG